GGGCUAUGGGGACGAGAAUGGCUAGGCACCUCAGCAAUUAAACAUGGUGGACGGAUUAGAGUGAAAAGCGACGUUCUGACAUGGAAGGAAAACGACGGCGCCCCUAUAAAGUUUGUGACUCUGAGCGGACAAAAACUACAGGAAUUGUUGCAGAAAGCCUUCAAGAACUGAAAGAUAGGGCAAGCUCAAAGUUUGGUGCAACGGCAGCGAACUGCCGUGUUUUUCUUGACAGUGACGGAACCGAGAUUGACGAAGAAGAGUAUUUUAGUUUCCUGGAAGAUCAAACAAAACUUAUGAUUGUUUCUGAAGGAGAGGAGUGGACGGCUGGCCAAGAGAGUUUUAGCUCCAGUCAAGGAAGAACUGGUUCUGGUAGUUUGGGGGCUAGUUUAGAAAUGAACGAAAGCAUGGAGUUUGACCGUAUAGAUGCUGGGGAAACAACAGAAAACAUUUCAUCUGAUCUCUUGAUAAGAAUAAAAAAUGAUCCUGCAUUUUUUAUUUCAUUUUCGGAUGAAAGCCUCCAAGACGUGAUCAACUUUGAAACAGAGCAGUUUUCAACAGCAUUAGGUAGAAGUCUUGCUGAAGCCCAGCACAGCCAGGAGGCAUGUCAACAAGAAUUGGACAGAAGGAUGCAGCUCAGGGAAGCCACUCAGUUGCUUAAACUUUUUGAGAGAGCUCGGCAGAAUCAAGCCAAUGAAAAUGAUGUCCAAUCUGGGAAUAAGCGACCAAGGACUGUUGAUGAGUAAAAAAAAACAAACAAACAAACAAAAAACAGAUAUACAUAGAGUAAUUUAUACAGAUCAGUAAUGAUGCUUUGUGGUUCAUGUACUGUACAUAGAAAAUUGUGAGGUAUGGAAACCGCUUUUGAUCAAAUCUCAAAAUCUUGGAAUUCCUGGAGAUGAGUCACAAAUCACUGUUUUGGGGUUUCUCUCUUGCCAUCUAAAAUCAAAAAGUAUAUUAGUCUCAUAUUUACAAUGGAGGGUCUUAAUGCCAUGAGCAGUCUUGAAUUUUGUCAUUCCAGCAAGUAUGUAGGCCUAGAAAUAUGGCAUAUCUUCAGUCUGUUACAUGUAUUGCAACAUUGCAACAAAUUGUGAGAAGUUUCCUUGGAGCUACAUGUAUGUAGCAAAUACUGUAGUUGGAGAAUGAUUUUGUUCCAAAUAGCAAAGUCCACAGAAUUCAGGACUUUGUCAAAUGUACAUAAAGUUUCCAUUAAUAAAGUUGUUUUGGCAGUUAAA